AACGACCGACAAAGUGCCACUGUUUCCUUCUUUUGACUUUAUUUCUUUGAAGGAACUUGAUGAUAUGCACGUUAUUUACCCGGCAGGUGGAUAUGACGUCAUGGUAUGGGAACAUCAAAACAACAACAUCCAAAUCAGCGAUUCUUGCCUUUUUUAUUAUUUCCUUGGUGUGUUAAAACUAAUAACUCCGUUUAUAAAGGAGCUCUGCCUUUCAAACGGGACAGGCUGUGUGUCAGCGAGUGCGAAACUCCACAAUCUGCUGUUUCUGAUGCCUCGGGCCAGGAGGCUGUUUUAUCAUCGCUGGAACUUAAGUUUGCUCAACUAAGCAAACCAUUGUAGAAGGUUUACUAAGUCAUGAUGCAAGAAUCUGGGGCGGAGGUGACAAGCAACGGAACAGCAAAUGCAGCAGAGAGUGCAGAGGACAGUCCCAGGGAUGGACAUCCAAAGAGUGUCAUGCCGUCAGCUGAAUUGACUGCAACUGACCUCCUGCAUCUCCAACAGCACCAGGCUCUCCAAGUGGCUCGGCAGAUACUCCUCCAGCAGCAACAUCAACAGCAGUCACAGCAAAACGCUGGCCGCAAAUCCCCAAGAGCCAACGAAAAGCACCAAAGCCUGCAGAUUCCAGUGUCAGUGGCUAUGAUGACACCUCAAGUUAUAACUCCACAACAGAUGCAGCAGAUACUUCAGCAGCAAGUCCUGAGCCCUCAGCAGCUCCAGGUUCUUCUCCAGCAGCAACAAGCCCUCAUGUUACAGCAGCAGCAACUCCAAGAGUUCUACAAGAAGCAGCAGGAACAGCUCCACCUCCAGCUCUUACAGCAGCAGCAGCAUCAUGCAGGCAAUAAGCCUAGUAAAGAGGUGUCAGCACAGCAGUUGGCCUUCCAGCAGCAACUCCUGCAGGUCCAGCAGGUCCAGCAGCAGCAUCUGCUCAACCUUCAGAGGCAAGGGCUGCUUACAAUCCAACCUGGACAGACUGGCCUACAAAUGCACUCGCUCACUCAGGGCAUGAUUCCAGCAGAGCUGCAGCAACUGUGGAAGGAGGUGACAAAUGCUCAUGUGAAGGAGGAGCACAACAACAGCAGCAACAAUGGCCACCGGGGCCUAGACCUGUCAUCCCCGGCCCAGCCAAAGAACACACAACUCAACCAGCAUGUCUCCACAAAUGGGCAGUACAUGAGUCACAAAAGAGAAGGAUCCACACUAGAAGAGCUGUCCCCCCACUGUCACCCUCUCUAUGGUCAUGGUGUUUGCAAGUGGCCUGGAUGUGAGGCUGUAUUUGACGAUUUCCACUCAUUUCUCAAGCAUCUUAACAAUGAGCACGCCCUGGAUGACAGGAGCACGGCCCAGUGUCGGGUGCAAAUGCAGGUCGUACAACAGCUGGAGUUGCAGCUGGCAAAAGACAAAGAGCGUCUGCAAGCUAUGAUGACGCACCUCCAUGUCAAGUCCACGGAACCAAAAGCGACCCCACAGCCGCUCAACCUUGUCUCCAACGUCAAAUUGUCCAAAUUAGCCCCUGAGGCCUCUCCCCCUUUGAGCUUGCCCCGGACCCCCACCACACCAACAGAGCCCCUAACACCCCUGUCCCAGACCCAUUCUGUCAUCACAGCCAACAGCAUCCACAGCGUAGGUCCCAUGAGACGGCGCUACUCAGACAAAUACAAUAUGCCCAUCUCUCCAGAUCUAAAUCAGAACAAAGAGUUUUACAUGAAUGCAGAUGUUAGACCACCAUUUACAUAUGCCUCACUAAUAAGACAGGCAAUCCUCGAAUCUCCAGAAAAGCAGCUAACACUAAAUGAAAUCUACAACUGGUUCACACGAAUGUUUGCAUAUUUUAGGCGGAAUGCAGCAACGUGGAAGAAUGCAGUCCGGCAUAAUCUUAGUCUUCACAAGUGUUUUGUGCGAGUAGAAAACGUUAAAGGGGCUGUGUGGACAGUCGAUGAAAUUGAGUUCCAAAAGAGAAGGCCUCAAAAGAUCAGUGGAAGUCCAGCCUUAGUGAAGAACAUUCAGAGUGGCCUAGGCUAUGGUCCAACCCUUUCUGCUGCCUUCCAGGCUUCAAUGGCAGAAAACAACAUACCUCUAUACACUACUGCUUCCAUUGGAAGUCCCACCCUCAACUCCCUUGCCAACGCCAUCCGUGUGGAGAUGAAUGGAGCAAUGGACCAUGGAAACAGCAACAGCAGUGACAGUAGCCUAGGACGCUCUCCCUUGCCAGCUAUGCAUCACAUUAGCGUAAAGGAGGAACCACUGGACCCCGAAGACCACGAAGGACCCCUCUCCCUGGUAACGACUGCCAAUCACAGUCCAGAUUUUGAACACCACCGAGAUUUUGAUGACGACCAGGGAAGAGAUGACAUGCAGUAACACUCAUGCUUCCCCCUCCCCUGCUUUAGAGGCAGAGGCAGUCUGGGUCAUCUCGGGAACAGAAACCCUCUGCAGAUAACAAACACUGACUUGCAGUCUCAGCCACUGUUGACAGCUCUAAAAUGUCUCCAAGAUAACUUUUUAGUGCCAUUACAAUACAAGAUAAAACAUACACAAAAACACUGAAUACUCCCAACAUUUUUUUUGCAGAUAACUUUUUACUUUUAUUUUAAGUUAAGCUCAGAAACUGAAAAGCUUGUUUUCUUAUCUUGUGUUUGUUACACUUGUAUGGUACAGGGGUGACAUGUUUGGUGGUCAGAGACCCUCAAUGAGCCAGGGAAGACUGUACUUGGCUGACUGUGAGAGUGAUAUGGUCUCUACCCAACCACACUUUCUCUCCCUCCAUCUCUCAAACUAACACACCUGACCACAAACUGAAGAGAGAGAGAGAACAUGACUGACAUUUAAUUUACACCCCCAGCAGGUUAUGUUUAUGUGUGUGUGAGGAAGAGUGUGGGUUCUGUUAAUUGUCACUGCCUUCAACACUUUUCAUUGUUUUAGUUCUUUAUACUUUGAGAUGGAUGUCAUUUUUAUUUGGGCGAUUUUUAUGUUGGUAUUGAGAGUUUAUAAACAUUGACAAAAUGUGUUUUUUUUUUACAUUUAAUGUUGUUAAUUGUUGCUUUUUUUCAUUUGAACUGAUCAGACCUCAUGCCUAAGCUGUUGAGAUUCAAUAUAGUCAGCACUUGAUGAAUGUUUAUGAUUUCCUUUCAUGUUGUUCUUUUAACUCAUGCAUGAAGCGGACUGUCCAAGCAGUAGUUUUCUGUUAUUUUUUUCAGCCUUCAAAAAAAAAAAAAAAAUCGUCAGUCUGAUGUGUAGUCCACCCCUCCCUUCUUCUCCUUUUCCCCCUGCUCAUGAAGUCCAUUGGCAAUGCACUAAUCAUAAUGAAGGCUUUCUUCACGCAUCAAUGAAGUUUAAUUUAAGAUGUGAAUGAAUGACAGAAAAAUCAUGCAGGUUAUGAUUUAUCCUUAUGAAAUUAUACUUUAGAUCAGCCCCUCAAAGCCAAGCAUGUUGAGCUGCAACACAAUCACUUGCAGGCUUCUUUUUAUUUUUAAAGGAAAAUUAAAAUGACAGUGCAAUGGUGAUAUUAAUGUUUUAAAAACAACUAAUUGUGAUAUACAAAACUGCCAUUAUUAAUUAGACAUGUCUGCUUUCCUACACUAUAAUUCCAUUCAGUGUUUAAAGAUAAAGAGGCAUUCCCUGUUUUUUAUUUCUAUUACAGGCAUGACAAAUGUAAAAUUAUAAGCCUUGUUAAUAAUAGAACACUGGAAAAAUGCUUUUUAUUGUUCACCAACACAUUACGCAUUCCAGUAGCUGACAGCCCAAUACACAAGGCACAUGCAAUUCACAGGAUGUGGAUGCCUCAAUAUUGAAUUUCAUCCCAAAUCUAGAAGUAAAAGUCCAAAGCAUUAAACAAAGAGGUAUCCACUAAGAUAUGUGAUGCUGCACCAAAAAUUCUAGUUUUGGUAGAAAGUUACAUUUUGAAGAGACCAUGAAUUUCAAGACUGCAAUCAACCACUUAAUUGUUUUUUAUUUAUUAUUAGCAUUUUUAUUGUAUGUUUUCUUUAGUUUUAUUUUAGUUAUUGAUGUGUUGUCAUAUCUUGUUCUAUGUUUACCAAAGAUAAACUACAAUGUCAAUGUUGUGGGUUCCAUGCAAUAGCAGAUGAGGCCAAAUAUCUCUCCUUCUUUCUCUCCCAUCGCACAAUCUCAGUAGCUGGGUUUGAGCCGGUGACAGAUUGAAUAGGAAAAUACUCCUCAAAAACCCUGGUGUUUUCAUUAAUAUUAAAACCAAAGGGGGUGUCUUGAACAGGACAGCUGCGGUAAUGUUUGCAGUGUCCAAUACUGAAUGGGAGGCACUGAGAGUCUGACACCAUGAUGACCAAAUUAGGGAAAAAUUUGGUCUUUAGGCCAGUGAGUUGAAAAGGGAGCUAUUUGGUCCGAGGCAGAUUUGUAUGCCUCACAAAGGGUAUGUAGAUAAAGGACAAAAUAUAUGAGUAGAUGGUAAAAGCUUUUCAGACAAUAAUGUGAAAUGGAUUCUAUACUUCAACUGGACCACACAAUGAUUCAAUGUUACUCUGCUUUUAUUCUGAAUUCAUUUGUAUCCUUUUCAAAAUGAUUUUAUCCCGCUUUGUGGGGUUUGAGUAAACAAGACUUUAUGAUUUUGUUUAGUUUUCUGUCAUUUAAUUACUUUUUAUAUUAAAAAAAAAACCACUCCUGUCACACAAAAGCUGGGUACAAGGUACUUUAUGGCAGACAUUGUUUUUAUUAUCAUUAUCAUUUUUAAGUUUACUGCUCCUUUACUAAAAAUGCAAAGGGCAAUCAUUGGUUUCCAGAAGAUGUAUUUAUUAUCCAGGCAGCUGUGGGAUGAGUCACUUAAAGCAAGAUGUGGAUUGUGAGAACAAGGCUAAUGCUCAUCCAUAAACCUCCCUGUAGUCAUGUUGCUGGUUUGUUUGAUAUUCAAAAAGGAGGAAAAAAGUGCUGGUGGGAUUAGAACAUUCUCAGCAUGUGUAGCUUAAAAUGACUUAAAAUGACAGCAUGAGAAAACUGUUUGUAUGCAUAUCUCAGUUCAAACAUUAUAGAAUGAUUCAAUUCAAUGAGGAAAAAACUAAACACACCAGUUGCACUUAGUUGUAUGUCUUGCAUGUGUAUUCUGAUACUGUAGAGAGACAAAUAUAAACUAGAAAGUCAAAUUAGAAAUUGUUCAUUUGCAAGGCUUCUUCUUUAUUUGCCAACCCGAUCACCUGAUGUUCAUUGAAAUAUCACCCAGCUAUGAGUCACAAUCCUGUCUAAGUCUGUUCUCUGAUGUAAUGAUGGGUAUAUUUUAAGGAUGAUUUAAUAGGUGUACAUACAUGUCAGCUUAGCUCAUGUCUUUCUUUCUCUCUCUCUCUCUCUCUCUCUCUCUCUCUCAUGAUCUCUUUAUCCUUUUCUCCUCAUCUCCUCCUAUUUUGGGAUGAAAAAAGAAUUUGUGGUCUGGUGUUUGCUUUAUCCCAAUUGCUUUGUAUUGACUGUUCAAUUGAAAAAGCUAAGAGAACUCUGCUGUAUGUAUUGGUAUAGCAAACUGUGCCGCAAAGGAAUUUUACUUAUUAAUCCUUGCUUUAAAAUAAGAAAAAAAAAAAAACUACAACGCAAACUUCUGGUUGAGCUGGACGGGAAGGCUGGUGGAGGGGGAUUAACCCUGAUUUUGGAUUUUAACUGUAAUAUAGUAAACAGACUUUUCUCUGUUACCAUGACCGAAGCAUUUUGUACAGAUUUUUCCCACAUUGUGUUAAGCUGUUUUUUGAUACUUAUUUUCAUGGUCCAACCACUGCCUUCUGUGGCUGUAUAUUAAUAAAAGGGCACACAGUUAUAUUUCCUCAACAAGAUUGAGAUAUCUUGCAUGGCUAAUCCCAGGGUCAAAGAGAUAUGGGGGAAUAUGGGGGGUGGGGUGGGGGGGGUUAACUGGUCAGUCAUAAUAAAAGGGUGUAUCAAUCUGAUAAUAUUUUAUAUGAAACUAAUAGGAAAUUUAAAAAGUGCCAAGAUGUAAAGAAUAUUGCUGUUUUUUUAUUGUUUGUUUGAAAAUAAUCUCUUUUCCAUGCAUCAAAGAUGUGUGCUUCUCAUCCAUUUAAUGUAGUCAGAUUCUGUUUGACAUCAAUAAAAAUAUGAAUAUUUUUUAGAGUCAUUGUAAAUGACUCAAACCAAGAACUGCAGGCAGGUAAAAAGUAAGAUGCUGCUGAAGACUUGCGUCCUUCAAACUGCAAAUUAGAGGCAUUUGAUCUCUCAAUAUCAGUGCUGGCACCUGAGCUAAGGCACCUUUGUUUUAUGCAUUGCCAUCCAUCUGGGGAGUCAGGCAGGAGCUGUCAGGGUUCUGUCAUCCUGCUGGAGCUUUCUCUUCUGUUUUUUUUUUUUUCUUGAAUAUGUACUUUCUAGUUUCUUCUUGCUGUUAUUUUCGCUAGAGAAGUAUAAUUGCUGAUCAAUUCCAUCAGUCUGUAACCCUCUCAUCAUUCCAUUUGUCUGAUGCAGACCACUCUGUUGUAGUCAGUGGCGCUGACUGAAGUGAGCAUUCUAAACAUGCAAUAAAAUGCUCAUUGUUCAGAUUUUC